AUGGAUGAUACUGCGGAAAUUACCCGACUGGCCGUGGAACUGUCGGAUCUCGAAGUCGCUCUCCUGCUGUGUCUUGCGGUGCGCGAGCAUUGCCGCAUCGAUACCACGAGCGAGAACAUCCAUGACGUUGCCAAAGAGCUCGCCCUGAUAUGUGCCAACACUUUUAAUCUUACAUAUGCGGUCCUCGACUGCUCGGAUGCCACGUCUUUCGAUGAUUUCUGCUCAAAUAUCAUCCCGACAGAUGCUCGCAGAAGAUCAACUACCAUUCGGUCUGCAGCUGAGCAUAGGGUAGUCGAUGUGGUGAUCGCCAAGAAUUUCAACCAUGUCGCUGAAGACGUUCAGGUCCAGGCCCUUGAGUUAAUGCGCUCGAAAAAACUUGCCCUCAAAGAUGGGAUGCUCGAGGCUCCGGCAGAUUUUCUCUUCGUGCCUCUCCUAGUCCGUCGCUCAGAACAGGAUCAGCCGAAAUUGAAUGCUCAUUUGAACGACCAUUUUAUCAUCUCUCAUUUUCAUGAUUCCGGCGAUGGCUACAUAUAUCUAGAAGAAAACAACGACUGGCUUUCGGAUAGUCAAAUGUCGGCAUCAUCCGUGGUGCGCAAGUCCGAGGCACCGCAAAACAAGCGCAACCCGAAUAUCGACCGAAAGACUCUGGACAAACUGGAACGAGCCAGUAAUGCCGUCACAGCCGGAGCCGAUAUCGUCCGGUACCAGCAGGAUAUUAUCGUGUUUCUGCGUCUCAGCCGCGCAGUUGCGGGAGGUAUAUCAGUCCGCUCUAAUAUUCAUUUCAAAACGCUUUCAAAACUGCUCGCCACGCUACAUGGGGUAGACUACCUCACCCCGUCGAUCGUGGCCUUAGCCGCAAAGAAGGUCUUUCGACAUCGAAUUGCUGUGGCCAAGCCGGAAGACGAUCGCAGUCUCCAGUACGGCAGUGACUUGAAAACGAUAUCUCAAGUUCUGGCCUAUGCCACACCAGACACUAUUCUAGAGAGUGUUCUUGCUCUCGAGACUCCCAUAUGA